AUGGUUCGACACAAAAAGGACUUUGCUGGUCGGGGCAAGAAAUCUGGCUUCCGCGGCGGUGGCCAUGGAGGACCUCGGCGUCCCGCCAACGACGAUGGCACGGGUGACGGCUCAUCAUCAAGGCCGGCCUUCAAGGCGGCCUGCUGGGAUUUUGGCCACUGUGACCCCAAGCGUUGCUCCGGAAAGAAGCUCAUGAAGCUUGGCCUCAUGCGAGACCUCCACCUCGGCCAGCGGCACAACGGCGUCAUCAUCACCCCCAAUGGCAAGCAAGUCGUCUCCCCUGCCGACCGCGAGCUCCUGGACCAGUACGGCGCCGCCGUCGUCGAGUGCUCGUGGGCGCGCACGCAGGAAAUCCAGUGGAGCAAAGUCGGAGGUAAAUGCGAGAGGCUGCUGCCCUAUCUCGUCGCCGCGAAUACCGUCAACUACGGCAAACCGUGGCGCCUCAACUGCGUUGAGGCUCUGGCGGCCGCCUUCUACAUCUGCGGCCAUCCGGACUGGGCGGAGCAGAUCCUCGAGCCCUUCUCGUACGGCCACUCUUUCCUGGAAAUCAACUCCAGCAUCCUCAAGCGCUACGCAGCCUGUGCCGACGCGGCCGAGGUGAAGAAGACGGAAGCGGAGUGGAUGGAACGGUUGCAGAGAGAGUUCGCCGAGAGCAGGGAGCAAGGUGCUGAUGACAUCUGGACGACGGGCAACACGAACCGCAAGCCUGCAGUUUCCUCUUCGGAUGAAGAGGGUGCAUCGGACAAUUCCGAUGACGAUGGCGAAUCCCCCGACAAGCGCUCGUCCGGCACGAUGCCACCUCAGAGCGACCGAUUCGGAGAGAGCCGGGACCCUUUUGCCAUAUCCGACGACAGUGAUGACGAUGACGAUGCGAUGCGGGAAAUCUGUCGCAAGGUCCUCGCCUCGAAGCCUUUCUCCAACCCCCAACUCGACGACGGUGACGUCGAUGACCAUGAUGCAAAGAAGCACACAUUUUCGAGUUCGCCGCAUCACCAACAGCGACAGCAGCAAGUCAAGGUCAAUGUCGACCUCUUGCCGGAUUCGGACAAUGGUGACGGGUCUGACGGCAGUAACGCUGCCGACGACGACGAUGACGACGACGAUGACGACGAAUUCGAUAGCAUUAUCGAGGCCACCCCGGUGACAGACAAGAUUGGCCUGGCCAAGCUCGAGAAAGAGAGGCGGCAAGCCAAGGUGACGACCAGAAUGUCUGCCUCAAACGUGAUAUCGGCCCCGAGCAGGUGGUAA